AUGCCAAUUUUCCCACCAAUCCACCCCUCCCUCUCCUUCACUCGAGCUUUCACUUGCACCGCUCGAAUUCUCGCAAAGUCCACCAAACAACGAUUGGCAUUCGAGCACGCCGCUGUCCCUCCAUAUCCAUACGGUCCCUCGCAGAUCUACAAACAAUCCAAUUUUGGUCUCUACGGUCUCCAGAAGAUUCGCUAUGGAAACAUAGUUUCGGAGAAAAAUGAAAUUAAGACGAGAAGACAUUGGCGUCCGAACGUGCAGAGAAAGCGUAUUUAUAGCGCGAGCUUGGGAAGGCAAAUCAAAAUGAGAAUCACGACAAGGGUGAUGAGGACAAUUGAUAAAGCGGGAGGCCUGGAUGAAUAUCUGUUAGGGGAGAAGACGCAAAGGUUGAAGGAGCUAGGAAUGGGAGGCUGGAAACUGAGAUGGAGGAUUAUGCAGACGGACACGGUGAAGGAGAAAUAUAGGGUUCAGAGGGAGAAGUUGGGUUUGCCGCCGAAGAAGGAGGCUUAUGUGGAUGAGAAUGGUUAUGGAAUCACAAAGGAAGAAAUUAUGGAGCAUAUCAGGAAAUAUGAUUUAGCUAUGGCGAGGGAGGCGGAGGUAGUUGUGGGAGCGGAGGCGGAGGCAGCUGCAGACUCGGAGAUUCUGGACGAGGGUUUCAUGCCGGAAGAGCAUUCUAGGGAAGAGCAUUCUAGGGAGAGACAGCCACUGUUAUAG